AUGUCAGAGUUAUCCGUCCCUGCUUUGAGUCACACAUUGUUUUAAAAUGGCUGCCGCGACAACACUCGAUAGGGCGAACGAGAUACUCGAUGACGAAGCUCUUGCCGAAGAGAAACUUCUCGAAGAGCUAGAAAAUGAAGAAAUUCCUUCCCAUUUACGAGAGGCCCGACUGCAGAGUCUGAAGAAUGAGGCUGACCAGUUUAAAAUGAUGAAAGAGAAAAGUCAUGGCGUGUACACUGAGAUCAUGGAAGAGAAGCAAUUUUUGGACACAACAACAAGUGAAGAUAGAUGUGUGGUUCAUUUCUUCCACGCUGACUUCAGACGAUGUGCAAUAAUGGACACACAUUUAGAGAAAUUAUCAAAGAUAUAUUUCGAAACAAAGUUUGCAAAGAUCAAUGUUGAUCAUGCCAAAUUCUUUGUGGAAAAACUUAAGAUCCGAAUGUUGCCAGCCCUUAUAUGCUUCAACAAAGGCAUUGUAUGCGACAGAGUAAUUGGGUUUGAGGACCUUGGAAACACAGACAGCUUCCAGACGAUCGUACUGGAGAGGAGGCUGGGGAAAUCAGGAGUGAUUGACGUACCAGAGGAGAUCAACACAAAGAAAUCUAUAUUUGGUCAUAGUAAAACCCAUGUAGACGACGACAGUAGUGAUGACGAUGAUUAGAUUUUUAUUAUUAAAAAAAAAGAAGAAAUUUAAAA